AUGGCCAAUAUUGAGCAUGACAAGCUUGCAAAGAGAAUUCAGGAGUUCAGGACACAAGCAGAGUUGGACCAUUUGCAAGCAUCUAGUAAUGUGGGAACCUCGAUAAGUGCUGUUGGUAUGAAUGGUGUUGGGAUGAGCUCCUGCAAAAAUAUAGAGGCAAUUAUGCAGUCCGCUACAAAAGGAGGGGUCCAGACAAUCAAACAAGGAUAUCUCUUAAAACGAUCUUCAAGUUUGAGGGCAGACUGGAAGAGGCGAUUCUUUGUACUCGACAGUUAUGGGACUUUAUUUUAUUAUAGGCAUAAGGGUACCAAACCUGUGGUAUGUUAUUGUUUUUCUGCCGUAGUUGAUUAA